UUUAUACAUAAUUUUAAAAUAAAUAAUAAACAUCUGUACUCUCUUCAAAUUAUAUUAAAAAUUCAUAUAAAUAUCUGGAAAAUCGUCAAUUUAUUUCUAACAUAUUAGAAAAUUUUUAAAUUAAGAAUAGUGUUUUAAUAAAAUUCACAAAAAAUGUUACAAUUUAACUAGAAAUAAAUUUAUCAAUUAUUAUAUUUUUCCACACAAUAUUUUUCUUUUCAAUAUUUAAUAUAUAUCUAUCUUUGAUUCUGAUUUGACCUGUAUACGCUUUUCAUAUUAUGUACACAAAGACAACUAUAGUCUAUCUUAUCAGCACUCGGUGAGAGAGUAUAAAUUUACUCACCAAUCGUAGCAGUCGUUCUCUGUACUCCAGCUGGUUAGUUGAACACAGUAUUUGUCACAGCACUCAACAUGCCUAGAUUGUCAUAUACUUAUAAAGGUCUCAUCGCACCAGUAUUUACUCCUUUCUAUAAAAACGGUACUCUUAAUUUGGAUAUCAUACCACAGUAUGCACAAUAUUUGGCAAAGAAGGGAAUCAACGGCAUACUUGUCAAUGGUACAUCUGGUGAAGGAACAUUAAUGUCUGUUUCUGAAAGGAAACUUGUUACUGAAGCCUGGGUAAAAGCAGUGAAAGAAACAAAACAACAUCUAAUGGUUCAAGUAGGAGGUGCUCCUCUUCCCGAUGUAAUGGCACUUGCAGAACACGCAGAAAGUCUGCAUGUAGAUUCUAUACUCUGCUUGCCAGAGUUGUACUUCAAACCUGUUACAUCUCAACAAUUGAUUGAGUAUUUGCGUAUAAUUGGCGAUGCAGCACCAAACACGCCGUUACUGUACUAUCACAUACCUAUGUUUACCAACAUUAACAUACAUAUGGGAGAAUUUCUUAGUUCAAUUGGUGAUGAAUUACCGACAUUUGUGGGUAUAAAAUUUACUAGUGCUAAUUUAGAGGAGGGUUCACAAGCGUUACAUGCCGAUAAUAAGAAAUAUGUUAUUUUUCUCGGCAAUGAUCAGAUAGUAAAUGCUGCGUGUGCAUUGGGAAUGGACUCCUUUAUAAUGACCAGUGUAAACAUAUUUCCAGAACUCGUACAAGAUCUUAUUUCUGCUGGAAAGAAUGGAGACAUGUUAAAUGCUAGGAAGUUACAGGAGAAACUUUCGAGCGCUAUAACUGCUAUAACGAAACGAAACGGUUGGGUGCAACCCAUGAAAGCAGCAAUGAAUUUCCUUACUGAUAUUAAUGUAGGCCCACCUCGUGUACCUCUCAAGCCUAUUUCUUCUGAAGCUAUAGCAACUAUGAAGGAAGAUUUGAUGAACUUGGGAUAUCAAGUGACAACUAAAAUUAAUUAAUUGAAGAUAUUUUGUGUCUUCCUAUUUUGUGUGUGUGUGUGUGUGUGUGUGUGUGUGUGUGUGUGUGUGUGUGUGUGUGUGUGUGUGUGUGUGUGUGUGUGUUGUAUAGUAAGACUUAUUAUAAGACAAUAAAAACAAAUAUAUAUAAUGAUCAUAUAUAAAAAUGCGUUUUAAAAUUCAAAAUGAGUUAACCAAUGCUUACAAAAAUUCGUAAAGUCACAAAUAGAUGGAUUGCCUCAAACGGAGAAAUAAUGAGAAAAAAAAGAAAAAAAGGUAAACGUAUAAUUAAAUAUAUCAGGAACAUGAAACGAAAAAUGAGCAAUUAGAAAAAGAGUGUAUGACUAAAA